GCCAAAGGCAGUGGUGUGUGGUUUAUCAGUCGGUUGGCAUUAGUUCUUUUCAUCGUUAUAUUAUUGUUAGUCCGUCUAGUUUUUGACAUUUCAUUCACUUAGUUGUACGAAGGAAGAGCAAACGUCGCACCUGCCCUCGGGAGUAGUUUGGAGCUGCUCCGUUCGCGUACCGGGGCAGGCGCAGUACCGUCCGAUACCUUUACAGUCACUGACAGACUACGAGAGGUGUUUUCAUUCCAGAGGCAUCAGUGAAAGAACAAUCUCUGUCAUAUCAACGGGAACUAUACACCAGGAGAACUUACAAUAACUUACUUGGACUAUUAUAGCCAUAACUAAAUACAAAGUGACAGCUGACUGAACGGAAUAUACUUAGGAACGGUAUUUUAACGGGCGAAAUGAGUCCUGUUCAAACCUCAAUCAAAGGCGUCAUCACUGUCCAGCUGCUUCUUAACGUCUUCUCAAGUGGGCUGGUAGAGGGAUCUCGUCUGCCUGAUCCACAGCUGUUUCCUGCUAGAGACACACACCUUAAGCAUGUUGGUGGCACACUCACACUCAUCUGCAGAGGAUCGACUUCCCUGCACUGGAGCCUGGCUAACAGAAAUGUGUCAUCGGUACUGAUUGAGCCGUGUGUGGAGAGAAUGCACAAGAAUUGCAGCAAGCUGGUCGUACACAACCUGACCCACACCGACACAGGCUUCUACACAUGCAGUCACCAAAAGUCUAACAGUCGUAAUGUGUCCACAUAUGUUUUUGUUAAAGAUCGCAAUCAUCCGUUUGUGGAGGAACACAGAGUAGCACAACCGCUUUAUGCAUAUCGGAAUGAUCCUUUUUUAGUGGUGCCAUGCAGAACAACGUCCCCGAAUCAACUUGUUACCCUUGAGACUAUGGGUAAUACUAUGGAAGAUCAUGUAAGAAGUAGCAUGGAUUGGGAUCCAAAGAGAGGUUUCAAUUUUUCCUUGGGACCUUAUGACAGCUACCACAUGAUUACGUGUAUGACCAGUGUGAAUGGCAAACAAUUUUCAUCAAACUACUUUCUCUUAAGGCUAGCGGUUGAGCUGAAAAACAUUGGCAUCAAACCAGAACGACCAAAAGUACUGGUCGGUGACACCCUAGUCCUCAACUGCUCUGCAGAGACCUCUUACAACGGCAGAAUUGACUUUAAAUGGGAGUUCCAUAAGGCUCGGAUCAAUCGCACUCAAACAGUGGAACUGACUAGGGCAAAACAUGGUGACAUCGUUGUGAUGAGUAACACAUUAAUCUUUCAUAAUGUGACAAUGAAGGACAAGGGAACAUAUGGGUGCACUGCAUCACUCGAAGCGAGGAAGCUUAAUAUUUCAACUGAAGUCACUGUAUUCGAGCAUCCAUUCCUCAAUGUGACCCAUAAUAAACGUAAAUUCAUCUCUGCUAUAGAGGGUAGAAAAGUGCAUUUUGAGCCACGGGUCAAUGCCUUGCCUGCACCAGAUAGAGUGUUGUGGUACAAAGACGGAGUUGCCAUUAAAGAAAAUUCCACAUGUUAUGAGACCGCCGGCUACAACCUCACCAUAAAACAAGUGAGGCAGAAGGAUGCUGGGAUCUUCACUAUAGCUCUGUCAAACCAGGAGAAAGGUCUCUACAGAAACCUCAGCUACAGAUUGGAAGUCAGAGUGAAGCCAAAGAUCUUUGAGGAGGACAUGACUCCAGGGGGCCCACAAACUUACAAAUAUAAUGAGGAGCACCAGCUCACCUGCACUGCAUUUGGGAUUCCUGUGCCAAACAUUACCUGGUUUUGGCAGCCGUGUGACCCCAGCUCUAAUCUUACAGAGUGCAAACAUUACACUGAUCCUCUUCCUAUUGGAGACAUCACUGAAUCACACAACCAUUAUCCUCAUAAUCGGAUUAAUGAUGUCAGCACCAGGGUUGAAUUAUUAAAAAGCAAAAACAAGACUAAAAGCAUUCUGACGGUGGAAGCAGCUAAUGUGUCAGGGAUCUACUUCUGUACAGCAAAGAAUGAAAUUGGCAACCAUACCAAGAGAAUCCCUUUCUAUGUGUAUGACCAGACACAGCCGCUUGAGAUCGGGCCCUCGACAGCUGUUGCAGGAGAUGAUGUUACACUGACCUGCAAAGGCACAAGAUACCUCCACGAUAUGUUGAAUUGGUAUGAUCCACUGGGCCACAGAGUGCCCAAAGGCAAAACCACUCUUCAGAUCGACCCCUACACCAUAUCUUUGUCUAUCAAGUUCCCCAAUGUCUCUAGAAACCACACGCUGGGCUAUGAAUGCCAGGCUUUAAACGUCGCUUCCAAUAAGGUGGUCAAUGCAACAUCUCUUUUGACUAUUAAUGAGAGGCAAAGGCCCAUGCUGAAGCAGAAUCUGACCAAUCAGGAUGUGAACAGCAGCAGCACCCUAACUCUGGACUGCUUUGCUGAGGGUGUGCCUGAACCCCAUAUCAAAUGGUACAAAGACAAAACUCCUGUCAUAGAGGGACCAGGUAUCACUCUGAAAGAUGGCCAACUGAUCAUUGCGAGGGUGAAGAAGGAUGACGAGGGCAUUUAUGAAUGUCGUGCCAGCAAUGAUGGAGGGGAAGCAAAAACAAGUGCAGUCAUUACUGUAGUAGGAGAAGACGGUAAACCAAAUAUUGAGGUGAUCAUCUUAGUGUCUACGGGAGCAGCAGCAACGUUUCUUUGGAUAAUGCUCAUUCUCUUCAUUCGUAAAUUAAGAAAGCCAAGUUCGGCAGAUUUAAAGACGGGGUACCUGUCCAUCAUCAUGGAUCCCGACCAGAUGCCCCUUGAUGAGCAGUGUGAUCGUCUGCCCUAUGACAGCAACAAAUGGGAGUUCCCCAGAGACCGUCUCAGACUCGGUAAAACUUUGGGACAUGGAGCAUUUGGAAAAGUUGUAGAGGCCUCUGCAUUUGGCAUAGACAAGAUUUCUACUUGCAAAACGGUGGCGGUGAAAAUGCUGAAAGCGGGAGCUACAAAUAACGAGUGGAGAGCUUUGAUGUCUGAACUGAAGAUUCUAAUCCAUAUUGGUCAUCAUCUCAACGUAGUCAAUCUUCUAGGAGCCUGCACAAAGCAUGGAGGUCCGCUAAUGAUAAUUGUGGAAUACUGCAAAUAUGGAAACCUUUCCAACUACUUGAGAAGCAGGAGGGGUGACUUUGUGGUUUAUAAGUCUCAGGAUGGCAAGGCUCUGCGUUCCAGCUCCGGGUGUGAUCUGAGCGAGCUCAUCAAGCGCAGGUUGGAGAGCGUGGCCAGCACCGGAAGUUCAGCCAGCUCCGGCUUCAUUGAAGAUAAGAGCUACUGCGACGAGGAAGAGGAGGAAGAGCAAGAGGAUUUGUAUAAGAAAGUGCUCACACUAGAAGACUUGAUUUGCUACAGCUUUCAAGUGGCUAAAGGCAUGGAGUUCUUGGCUUCAAGAAAAUGUAUUCACCGCGAUCUGGCCGCACGUAACAUCCUGUUGUCUGAAAACAACGUUGUGAAGAUUUGCGAUUUCGGACUUGCAAGAGAUAUAUACAAGGACCCGGACUAUGUCCGCAAAGGAGACGCCAGACUUCCCUUGAAGUGGAUGGCUCCAGAGGCAAUAUUUGACAAGAUCUAUACCACUCAGAGUGACGUGUGGUCAUUUGGAGUGCUUAUGUGGGAGAUCUUCUCUCUUGGUGCCUCCCCUUACCCUGGCUUACACAUUGAUGAGGAAUUCUGCUGCCGACUGAAGGAGGGCACUAGGAUGAAAGCUCCUGAAUACUCCUCCUCUGAAAUAUAUCAAACUAUGUUGGACUGCUGGCAUGGAGAACCAUCCAAGAGACCUAUGUUCACAGAGCUGGUAGAGAGGCUUGGAGAUCUGCUACAAGCUAGUGUGCAGCAGGAGGGAAAGCACUACAUCCCCAUCAACACGGCCCUGUUGACCAAAGCAGACCCCUCAGACCUAACCUCCAAAGAGAAGAGCUCCAGCAGACCUGUCUCUCUUAGAGACUCUGGGACGGCUUGGAAACUAAAGAUCCGCCCAGCGAGUGUGAAGACCUUUGAUGAAGUAAUCAUGGAGAAUGGAACCAACAAGAACCAUGAGGGAGGGCAGUCAGACAGUGGAAUAGGUCUAUCUUCAGAUGACCUGAAGACACUGAAGCGUCUGGAGUCACUGGCCAGACCCCGGAGUUUCACGUCCCGAGCGAUGAAGAGCAGAAGUAAGGAGUCAGUUCUGCUAGAGGGCGAGAAGGAGAAAUACCCACUGCUUGUUUCCUCACUGGACUUGAGUCUGGAGGACUCCUCCCUCGACCCAGAGCUGGAAUGUCAUAGCCCACCUCCAGACUAUAACUACGUGGUCCGUUACUCCACACCACCCGUCUGAACGGAUCUGCACUCUUAGCCGCCAGACGUUUCACCCAGUUUUGGAGGAUCUGAUUGGUUGGGUCCAUUUUGUUUCUGCACAUCAGAUCUAUUUUAUUUUUCCCCCACUUUUUUCUACUCAGAGUUUCACGUUUUCUCUCUGUGCACUUUUUAAGGUAGUGUGUGAGUACAGUGGGCUACCACAUCAUUGUGGCAGUCUGAGAUACAUUUGGACCACCUCAGGUAUUCCUGCCAUCUACUGUGAACACAACAAGCACAUUUUAGUACAAUAACGGCACUGUUUUCCCCAGCAUUUUUCAUACAGAAUGGUGGCUAAAUAUGAAAUCAUUUACUCAGCGGUUAGAAUGAGAGGACAAAGGCAAUUCUAAUUUUAUUUCUAGAUAAAUAUUUUAUUGUAAUAAAAACUGGAAUUUGUUAUAUGAUAUUUUAUUUUUAUUUUGCUAAAAUAUUUCGGAGCUCACUAAAGCUUGUUUUUUUUUUAUUUUUGGAAAAUAUUUUUCUUUAGAAUAAAUUUCACCCUUUUGACGCAAAUGUCAAACAAAGACCACAGAUCAUGAAUAAAUGAAUGUGCGGUCUGAAAUUCCUUCCCAGAACCCGAUUUGAAAUUGCAGGACGCAUUGAUCAUCAACAGUAAGGAGGAUGCACAUUGUGUUUCCAGGUUGCGUCGCGCCAGUCUGAGGGCCGUUUUCCUGAGUCUUGCUCAGUGAAGCUGAAAUGAGUCACUUUUGUUCCCUCGUACAGUAUUUUUAUCAUGAUACCGUAUGAUCUGGUUCAUUUUAAAGAAAUUAGUGACGCAUCUUUGACUGCUUACACAUGGCAUGAAAAAAAAUGGCUUAUUCAGUCUAUCACUGUGAAAAAGGUUUUAAAAGCCUUAGCAAGUAAAUUAUUCAUGUACAUUUAAUAGGAAACAUUCUGUUAGUUAUUAAUCAAAUGCGGACCACAAUUAAACGGCCUUGCUCUGUUCAACAAUAAACCAUAUUUAUGUUGUUUACACUACUGUAUACAUAACAGCACGUAAUAUGUUGUGCAGCUAUUAACCACAGGAACGUAUUCUGUUACUGAUUCAGUAGUCGUGCUAAAAUACUACUAAAGCUUGCAGGGCAGGCUAUAAUAUUGUCAACAGGCUGGUCACUAUAUAAAUGGUCAUGAUAAUUAUAAUAAAAGCAUGUAUUGUGCACACAUGUAGGUGCUAUCAGUAUUAACUCCUUAACAUGAUGGAAUGGGUGGGAAAUCAUUGUAUUGGUUAAAUUAGAUAUUUAUGCCCGUUAUUGCUAACUUUUAAUGUGUAAGUCCAAGUACUACAUUCAUAGCUGAUGGAUUGUCUUCCAAAUAAUGAAAUGUAUAUACUGCCAAAUGAUGCUUUCUGUACUGUUAUUUUGACUGGUAUUUAUGAAGUAAAAUUGUAUGCACUGAUAUUUUCUACAUAUAUUGUUUUUGUAUUAUAAUUGUAUUUUAUUAACCAAGCAUAAAUAAAGAUCUAUAUAUUUAUA